AUGACUAACACCAACAAUUACGUAUCACCCCCCCCGUCUAACCCUCCCCCUUCUCUCUCCCACAGCGGCAGCACAUACGAAGGGCAGUGGCAGAACGGGAAACGCCACGGCCUGGGGGUGGAGAGCCGCGGCCGCUGGAUAUACCGCGGAGAGUGGACGCAGGGCUUCAAGGGGCGUUACGGCGUGCGGCAGUCCACCACCUCCGCCGCCAAGUACGAAGGCACCUGGGCUAACGGGCUCCAGGAUGGUUACGGCUCCGAGACCUACGCCGACUCAGGCACCUACAAGGGCCAGUGGCUGCGGGGUCUGCGUCAUGGCUACGGCGUCCGCACUUCCGCACAGUUCAGCCAGGCAUCCGUCAGCAGGCCGCGCGCCGCUAACAACCGCGGCUCCACCACCUCGCUGCGAUCUGACGGCGCCGGCGACCCAUUGGCGGACAGGGACAGGAAGGUGGACGAUGGGCGCGGCGGAUUCGUGCUGCGGGCGAGAAGCGACGAGGUGCCACGGCGGAGGGGCAGCCUCGUCGAGAGCUCCAGCAACAUCAAGAAGGUGUUCAAGGGGCUGAAGAUGCGGCGUCAGCGGAGCACGGGUGACAUCCAGACCGGCCGACCAUCAGGCUCCAUCCGCUCGACGGGUUCCUCCGCUUCCUGGAUGUCCACCGAUUCAGGGCAGUCGGCGUACACAACCGGUGACGUGCAUGACGAGGGAUCCAACGCCUCCUUCAUCAUCGAGGACGAGCAGCUGGACGCCAACGUGGUGGAGACCUACACGGGCGAGUGGAAGAACGACAAGCGGACAGGUUUUGGCGUGUCCGAGCGAACCGACGGCCUCAAGUACGAAGGCGAGUGGUACAACAACAAGAAGUACGGCUACGGCGUCACCACGUUCAAGGACGGCUCAAAGGAGGAAGGUAAGUACAAGAACAACGUCCUCAUCACCUCCAACAAGAAGAAGCACGUGUUCCUCAUACGCUCCGCCAAGUUCCGCGAGAGGAUCGACGCCGCUGUGGCCGCCGCCCAGCGAGGAGCCAAGAUCGCCAUGCAGAAGGAGGACAUCGGCAUCUCUCGGACCGCCACAGCCCGCGGGAAGGCCGAGCAGGCAGACAUCGCGGCGGCCCACGCGAGGAACGACUCAGACAUGGCCAGGAUCUUCGCCAAACAGUUCGCGCCGGACUUCCACCAGCCAGGUAUUGACGGGCUCAAGGCCAAGAUGGAGGCCCGCGGCGGACAGGCCGACUUCAGCAAGCUGCCCCCGGCUAAGCCCCGUGACGAGAAUGCGGGACACCGCUCCCAGUCCAUGUACGUGCGCGGUGGCGUCGAUGACUACAUGAACCGCGGCGACGCAUUGGCGACCCAAGAAAUGGACCCCUCCUCCCCACCCCCGGGUGGCGGCCUCACCAACUUUGACCCCAGGAACCAGAUGGCCCAGGGCGACUUUGGUGGCGUGCCGCCCCGCCGCACCUCCGUCAACCCCGGCUUCAACAGCUCCCAGCCACAGCUGGGCGAGCCCAUGGGCAACGCCGUGGACCAGGGCCGCUCGUCAGUGCGCGGCCCUGGCAGGUCAGGCGGCAAGGGCGGCCAAGACUACAGCUUCUCCUCCGCUGUCUUGAACGACCGACUGGACCACUACAACAGGCCGCCGUCCCGCGCCCCAUCCCGCGACAGGUCGGUGGACAGGUUUACUUCGCGCGGCCAAACGCCGGUGCCGCCGGAGCUGAUCAACCCGAGAUCCCGCGCCCCUUCGGCCCAGCGCACCACCGGCUCGGCCGCCCAGGACUGGACUCCCGACUCGGGCGUGUACGAGGACGAGGCGGUGGCGCCCGUCAGCGGCAGCUCCCGGCGAUCAUCACGGCCGGCGUCCAUCAUCUCUGGCGAGGCUCCGCCCCUCACCGGCAACGGCUCGGUGGGCGGCAGCUUCAAUAUUCCCUACAGCAUCCCAGCCACGCAGCAGGAAGCAGAGAAGAUCCUACGACAACGUGCCUGCGGCCAGGAAAUCCCCUCAUGUCCCCCCACCCCUGGCCAGGGCACUGUCAAGCGCACUGAGUCCCUCUACAUCAACCCCAUUGUGCGGCGCCAGGCACAGGUCAAGACUGCCCCUCCACCUGCAGCCUUGAAGAGGAAGAAGUCCCUACCCGACGCCCAGGCGCUGCCGGUGAACCUUAUGUCCCGCGAGGAGGCGGCGGUUCUCAGUUCGGCCCAAAGGCACGAGGUGCGUCGCCAGGCUGAGGAGGCGGCGAUCUAUCGCGCAAACCCGCUCCUCUACCUCACCAGUCCAGCUGUCCAGGACUGGUUCUCCCGACAGCGACUGGUCAUGCUCAUUCUCUUCCUCAACUUGUCGCUGGCACUGAUGUUCUUCAAGUUGUUGUCGUAGCAGCCAGCGAGGCCGCGGGUUCUUCAGGCCGCUGUCAGAGCUGCCGCGUGAGAGCCGCGCCCGCCGCAGCCCACCCUCAGGGAGUGCCCCAGCAGCAGCAACAGCAGCAGCAGCCCUGGGCACCCCAACAAGUCGGCCGCCGCCUGUGCCUUCCUCAGCAGACUACGCCUGCGUCCUGCCUGCUCACGUGUGCUGUCAGAAUCUCUAUUUUGUUAUGGUUCGUGCCACGUCCUGCCGCCCAAGUGUGAGCCGUCCUUUUGUACCACCGCCGCCGCCGCCGCCGCCGCUGCCGGUGUCGUGAGGCAGCCGGCCGGUGCUCCGCCGCUCUGGCUGGCUGACCGAGCUGACCCGUGCGGCGCGGGGCUGAGGAGGGGGUAAGGCAGAAGGGAAUGGGAAGAGGAGGAGGAAGGAGCCAACUCUCAGACUGCAAGGAAGAUCUUGUGCAAACACUGACUGAGCAGCUCUUGUCCCAAGUGGAGUGUUUUGGCUGUGCCUCAUUUCCUUCGUCACCUGACCACAGACUCACUACGACGGGGCCACUGUACAGUAAUGCAUCUUUUGCUACCACAGCGUCGUGGCCUCCGCCACCCCGACUCCUGCGAGACUCGGGGUGCCGGGGGUCACCGGCCCCGCCCACCAUCAUUUGCCGUAAUUGCAUAAUAGGCACUAGAUUUUCUACCCACCUAUGGUACUAUUUGUGAAGUUCAGUACAGAUUUAUACUAAUGUAAUUUCUAGUACUGGUUAAUUUUUUAAAUGUAUAAUUCUCUGCCUCACAUGACAGAGGUCAUAUUGACUUCUGUCUCGAGGUAUGUACAGCGGACGAUCGUCUGAACCACUCUAGUCCCUGAGAGCCUCGAGGAGACGCGCCGGGCGGCAGGGACCCCGCUGGGGACACCGAUGCGGCUGUGCCCCGGUGGGUGCCUGGCAGCCCUCGCGGGGGUACAAGGCAAGGCAUGCAGGCGCGCGUGCUGGUGCGGCAGGGACGCCCUUGCCCCCCCGCCCUGCGCCACGGGCGUGGGGCGGACACACGCCUGGAGGUCACGCCACUCAUCCUCACCUCAUACUCUGUUUUUUUUUUACAAGCUCAAAACGUUAGCUCCCACCACUGACUAUGUUGCUCUGCAUAAUAUUGAAAGUUUUGUACUCAUUCAUGUGAUUUACAGUUAAACACAACUUUUGUAAUGCACGGUGCAGGGCCUCGCCCGCCGGGCCUGGGGCUCAAGUAUUACAGUCUUGUGGGCCUCCACCUGUUACUCAGCCUAGUCAUGCGGAUUUAGUUUUCAUAGGAGGCAGUUAGUUGUUAUUUUUGCUAAUUUGUAGUUUAGUCAAGUUGUUGAACAGACGAGCCUCGUUUUGAUCUCCAGCAGCCGCGGGCCGCAUGCCUUGUGUUCAGCGCGACUCGCGGCGCCGCUGCUGCACGCCUCCACAGCGGCCGUGCAGCCCACAACACUUGUAAUGAACCGACGCCAAACACCACCCGCCGGCCACACUCCCGGGGAGAGACGCAACACUCAGGCCCCAGCGCUCCUUGCUGCACUAUAGCAGGUCACCACUCUCGCCUCGGCGGAGCUCUUCCUCUACACCAACGAAUCUCGUUGCUGCCCCGCGGAACGUUUAGUGUGUGUCCCCGCACACUGGUGAAGCCGUGAAGGCCAUUCCUGUCAGCAACGACGACCGCGUCUCCCUUGUGUUGACACCACGCCUCUUCCGUACGAAAAUCGACACAAUACAAAUGAGUGCCUUGCAGGAUGUGACAAACUCUCGGUCUAGCUGAAGCUCCGUGAGCUGGCCCGAGCUGGCGAAAGAGGAUGGUGAGGGACAACCUUCGUGCUAGGUAACAAAAUUAUGUAUGGUAAAUUGACUCAUAAUUACCAAUUUCCUGUGGAAUAUGAACUCCAUGGGAAACUUGAGUCCGUGUGUUUCUGAUGCAGCCACUGACACCAGCCGCGCCCCGCCGGGCUAGUGCGCCUGAGGCUGAGGGUCCCUGACAGUCAAGGGACCCAAAUGAUGAUGCUCUGCCAGCUCAGCGGCCACCACGCCACCGGUGCCGCGCGUCCCGACGCCCGGACACGCCCGUGUCGGGCCGCCUCGUGUUUGACCCAGUAUUACCACGCCGCUACCUUCCCUCACCACAAGUUGUUAAGAGGACUUGAAUCUGGAACUCUCGUCAUUUCAAUCGUGUCGCUCCUCCUUGAAGUAAUCACCUCGUCAGUAAAUGAGUCUUAAUUUUACAUCUCAUUCUUUUGAUACAAAUUCAUGUACGAAGUACAGUCCAGGAUGGACAUCUGGAUGUGUCCUGCCCAAGUCCAGCACAACACUGAACCCACAUGAACAUGAGGACCACACAGCAACACAUCACACAACACAGACAAACACGGCAAUGCAAUGCAGCAGCAGCAGCACACAACACAGCUUCAUUGUCAGCGGCAGGCAACACUACCAACCGAGUGCCACGCCCCGCUGCAGCGCCACAUGUGGUUCUGUGUCACACAGAGCACUCGCACAAGGGAGUCCCCGCAAGGAGUACUGGGGGCCGAGGGCGAUACACCCCGCGACCAGCCACACCCCGGGAGCAAGUAACACAAAGAUUAUCUGGAGAGAAAAGGUUCAGUGCUAUUCUUCAUCGUGCACGUCACCUCAGCGGCUGAGUGGAGGCGGGUCAGCUGUUCCCCGGGGCUACGUGCAGCAGCAGCAGCAGCAGCACGUGUGCUGAGCAGUGCCACUGUAUACACUAAUGAUAUAGUGUUGUAACAGCUACACACUUGUUUGAACUUUUUUAUCAAGAACAGUAUCCAAACGAAGGUUCCUUUUUCUAAAGGAAAAUUUGUUUUGCUGUAUGACAAGGAGAAAAGACGUUUUGUGAGGGUGUUGUUGAGGGAAUUAAAAGGUAUUUAUGGAAGGUUUUCUAAAGUACUGUUACGAUUUCAUUCGCAUUCGCUCGACAUGACAAAACUGUUUUGAAUGUUAUCAUGUGCAUACUUAUGUCCACACUGCACGCAUUUCAUUUUGGUUACGGAAAAGAAAAGAAAAAUGUUUAAUCUUUCAACAAAAAAUGACUUAUCAUGCCUUGAACAUAAAAUGCAGAUUUAUAUAUUUUCAUUGGGAAGGUGAAGAUUAGGUUGAAAAAUUUAUACAAGACCCAAUCAGUCGCUACAGUGCGGAGUGGAGAUGUGUAGGAGUACAUGGUGGACAGCCCCCCUCCCCCCCCACCCUGCGUCCCUCUCCCUUCUUGAUCUCGGAGGCCAGCCAGGACCCCCCCCACCCCCCUACCCUCGCCGGCCACCCCACAGGUCCUCUCAGGGCUUGGAAGACGACACGAUAUUUCUGACCUUGUUUUGUUUGGUGACCAUUUUUUGAUUUUGCGCGACCAUGAAACACACACACACACACACACACACACACACACACACACACACACACACACACACACACACACACACACACACACACACA